AUGUGUGCAUACCCACGCCGAUUGGUCCGUCAGCCUCUGUCCAAUAUUGUACACUCACAGAAUAUGACAAAAGUGGCCCGCCAGGACUCUGCUAUAAAUUCACACCGAGAGGAUAGGAAUGUUGAAUUGUGUGACACCAUUUAUGAGGAACAGAUGUGGGGAAAUUUAUUGCUAGUGUGUGCGCUCAAAUUAGUUUUCUUGCCGGUUUGGUUUACAGAAGCCAGGGACCAUGAUGAUCUUGUUUCUCCCAACGAAACGCAUCUGGAAGGAGUACCUCGAUUUAUCCAUCACCCCAAACCACUAUACUACACGAUGAAAGACCAUCCAGCCACGAUUGAGUGUGUGGCAGAGCCAGUGUCCCAUGCAGUGAUAGAAUGUGCUGAGCAGGUGAUUCCUUACAAAGGUCCAGAGGACUCGGGGAGAUUGAAGGUUGUACGCCUCGACUCGACAAACCACCCGAAUCCGCAUGGUAUGCGGUGGCGCCUUGAACUGCAAGUACGUGCCAAGGAAGUGGAGGAAUGGUUUGACUCGUACGUCUGUCAGUGCGAAGUGUGGAACAGUGUACCAGAACUGCAGCGUCCGAAAAAGGUCAUAAGCAAGAAAACCAUAAUUGUUGAAGCGUAUUUGGAACGGAAAUUCAGACUAGAACCCGUUUCCACCACGCUACCGGCCGGUGAGCGUUUGGAUUUGACUUGUCUACCACCCGAUGGUAGACCAGAACCCCAAGUUUACUGGAUGAAAAACGGAAAGCGUGUGAAUUCUCUGCUGUUUCCACACAUUCAUGUCUACGACAAAACCAAACUGACUAUAGAGAACGCAAAGGAUACGGAUAGCGGGAAUUAUACUUGUGUGGCCGAAUUGUUGGGAGUGGAGUUUCGAUUUGCAAAUGCCUUCGUGAAAGUGCUGGAACCCAUCAACAAUAUUAAGGAAGAAAAUAGUGCGUCAGUUCCGGAGACAUCCAGUCGGCUGCAUACGCGGGGAUUUGUGGUGGCCGCUAUCCUUCUGGUGGUCAUUCUCCUUGUUAUCGGUAUAUCGGUUACCGCAAUCGCUGCCAGAAGAAAAUACCCGAAGCUCUCUUUCGAAAAUUGGCUUUUUAAUCCGUGUUGUCUGCCAGCUGCUCACUCCUUUCACAAGGAUCAGCAUGGAGUUAAUUCACACGUUCCACUCUUUUCGGAACAAUACAAGCAAACCUGGUUGCUGAGAAACGGAUCAGUCAGGUAUACUGAUGGGGCAGAUUAUUCUGCAAAGGUACAUACUGCUCUGAAGUCGCCGUACGUCAGUCCACAUGUUUUCAAAAAUCACUAUACCGCUCCACAGCAAGUCCAUGAUUCGCAGCAACCCUGCGGGAUUUACGAGACGCUCGAACCCAGGUUGGACCUCUGCGGGCCUCCCUUGGUUUAUUCGAACACUAGUUACAGGUUUGGAUCUAAUACAGUCACGAUUCCACCGCCUCCUCCACCGCUGAUGCCGCCACCAACACCACCAAAUAUAAUGCAUGAAAAUCCGUGUGAUCUGUCCAACAGAGGGAGUUUGACGGAGAGCAUUCCAAGUACUCGCCAUUUCUUUUCCGGCCUACAGUCGCGCGUUUCUGUGAAAAGUACGAAAAAUUCCACUAUCAGCAUUCAUCCGGAAGAGUACGCUCAGAUCGACCUCGAACAAAAAGGGCCAGACAAUGAACAAGCAAACGACCAAUUAGAAGCGUGUUCACUUUCGAUGCAGCCGUUCGGAGCACUCGGAGGUUUGUUAACUCCCACGAUGAUGAAUCCCAAAGCAACCCCUGAGGGUCCAACGUCCUCCGGAUCCAACACAAACACGACAGCAAUAAGUUCCUGCAAAGAGGAUGAGUUCACUGAAUUAGUACACACCUACUCACCAUCCAGGGAAGAGAGGAUAAAACAAGGGUGUACUUUUUACAACGUCUACUCACCUGAUCAACGAGCAUUCAAUGAAGGCAACUUUGAGACCGCUACAUCGUUGUCAUCUAGUAUGGUGUGCCAGAGAAUUGACAGUUCUGGUGGAACUCUAAGAAUUCCACAGUGUGCUGUUACAUUGUCACUUCCUCCGGGAUCACUUGGACAUCAUGGUGGUGUCGAUGUCUAUCUCGCCGUGUGUCACCAAGAUACAGAGAAGCCUAUCCUAAAAGAUCAUCAGACUUUACUGAGCCCGGUGGUGCAAUUUGGACCCGGAAAAUUGAAACUGGAGGCCCCAGCAAUUAUCACGCUACCACAUUGCGCCAAUAUGACACAGGGUAACUGGCGCCUGCGCGUGUUAGUUUCAGAACUUCCUGAAAUCCACUACAAUGAACCUGGUGAACGGUGUUUAUUGACGAGUGGUUGCGCAGAUCUGAUCGAGUCUGACUAUAGCUCCAUUCAUGGGACAACCUUGGAGCGAAAACCGUGGAAGGAAUUGCUCGUUCUUGAGGAUGAGCAUCAUUACCAGCAGCGCUUCCAAACCGCGCAUCCAUGUCAGCUCGACGGGUCGACGUUUCAGUUGAAGACUAGUACUCCACUGCGCUAUUGCAUCAUUGGUGAGACAGCUGGGUGCAAGACAACGAUGAGCUUACUGAAAUGUGAAACUCUACCUCAGAAAACGAGCAACACUGUUAGUUGGCCGGAUGCCAGUUCAACCCAUUUCUGUUUCACGGAUGAAGCUGAUGGUGUACGCAAUUCACCAUCCAAGUUUCUACAGAUCGCUGCAUUUUCUGGUCCUAUCAAACCUACAACUAUGGAUUACAGUGCUCGUGUCUAUGUGCUACCAGACACCGAGGACGCAUUUCAUCACGUUGCUUGCCUGGAACAUCAGUCAUCUGGGCAUUUAGUGGAUCAUGUCAGACAGUUUCCUUUUGUGGACAAUGGAACAGGUUUAACGUUUCAAAUCACUGAGCUGAACGCAGGAUGGCGGAGCCGUCUGCAAACGGAAAAGCAGGAAAUUCCGUUCCGACACAUAUGGAGUGGGACGCAGACAUCAAUGCUCCACUGCUCGUUCUCUCUUGAAAACAUUGACCCAACACAAAGCUACGUUUCAUGGAAAAUUAUUUUCUACCAAGGCACUCAGAAGAAUGAACGAACAGAGUUUAGAUACUGA